AAGUGAUCCAACCUUCCAACUUAGCCGCUGCCCAGAACAUUUAACUUUAGGUAAAGUAAAGUGGGGGUGUUCCCCGGGACGUCCGAUCUGCUUUCGAUGUGUGAGGUCUUAACAGUUUUAUGUGAUCUGCCGAUCACUGUAAAUAUUUGUACGAAUGAACAUGCGACUGUAAUAUGUUCUACGAAUUCUGACACUUAGAUAUCAACGCUUGUCAUAUGCAUAAUUCAAUAAUAAUGGAAUUGCAGAGGAAUUUACUGGAUAUAUUUAAAAGGUGUUCAAUGACGAAAAUUUUAAUUAAUUUUUGAAUUAAUUAACAAAAAUAUAUUCUACAGACAAAAGUUGGAUGCAAUAUCAUUAUUUGUAUGACAUAAGUUAAGACAUUGGACACAACAUUUUAUUUAUUGAUGCUUUGAUGAAAUAAUGGUUAAUUUUAAUCACAACAAGUUAACUCUAUUUCCAGUUUUGAUUCUUUUAUUGACUGGGUGUACAACUAUACUAGGCAGGAGAAAAAGAGACAACAAAUCCUUCAAAUUUUCAGACUGUGGUUCUGAUCCAAAUCGUCCUAUUCUCUUUCAUCACGUAAAAAUCCAUCCAAAUCCUAUAGUUACACCGGGAACGCUGGAACUUUCCAUGGCGGGAAAUAUUACACAUGACUUACCUAGACGUAUUUCUAUAGAGAUGAAAGUAACAAAGUAUUUCUUUAACAGAAUUCCAUUUAGUCUACCGUGCUUUGAUAACCAGAUAGGAUCAUGCACGUAUGACAAUAUUUGCUUAAAUUUAGAAAGAUUUGAAAAGAGGAGAAGAUGUCCGAAACGAUUAAGACAUUUAGAUAUUCAGUGUUAUUGUCCAUUCCAUGCUGGAGUAUUUAGUGUGAAAAACCUAGCUGUAAAUAUACCUAGGAUAGGUGGAUACGCUGGCUCUUUUGUCAAAGUAAGAGGAGAUUAUGCAGUGAAUUUUAGAAUUCUAGACGAAGAAAGUGGUGAACUUGGUUGUUUGAAUUUGCGGUUUGCCAUGAAAAAGCGAAAUAAAGGAUGGCUUUUCCGAAUAUAAUCAAAUGAAACAAUAUCAUUGCAUACAAUUACGGGUGAAUAUAGAUAUCUAUUGACAAACUGAUCAAAAUGAAAUCCCAACCUCCGUUAUGGAUGCUUUCAUCGACUGUUCUUAUAAAUACAGUGUGCCGACUCAACUUGCACGCGAAAUGCUGUCAUUUGUCAGGGUGUACAAAAACGAAAACAAUACAGAACGUGUUCAAGUUACUUCGUACAACACUUAGCCGUUAGUUUAGAAUUUAUGUGAUUCUCUUCAUUUCUAAUGAUCAUGAGAUCUUAACUCACUGUUUAUGCUUUAUGAACUUAAAGCGGACAUGACACAGUGAAUGUUGGUGUCACAUAAUUCAAAAUGAUAAAAAGUAGCAAAUUAUCGUUCCCGAAUAGGUGGCGCCGUGGUAGCCGGUCCUGUUUAUCUUCCGGCUUCUGCACUGUUCAUACUGACAAAUUUACAAUCAGGAAUAUAAAGCAGGUGAAAGUAGGGACAGGACGAUAUAUUGCAUUGCUGAUUUUGAGCAUCCCUUAGUAUCUUAUGUAUUGUGUUUUGUUGCUUAUUUUAAUAUUGUGAACAAUUGUAGCAUUAUGUAUUUUUUUCAUGUCGAAUUCUUUGCAUUGUAUUUUCACCAUUAUCAUGAUCAUAUCUAUAUGACGUCAUUCCCAAACGUUCAAGUCUUUCAUUCUCCAAAGAUAAAAGUUCAAAACAAAUGAAUUAGGAAAAUGACUUAUAAGCUAGGUAACCGUCGAUAGUUAUUUUUGCCUUUAGGUUUUCUUAUGACGAUAUUGAAUAUUUUUUAUUGGUAGAUACCAACGAUGGAACAAAUACUAGAAACCUUUGAGCUCUCUAUGAAUAAACAAACCGCAAUCAUACAUUUCAUAUAAAAGUCCUUUAAAGUUUUUAAAGAAACAACUACAAUCUCGAUUUUAAACAAAAUUCGGUUGUCAGGUUUUAACAUAAAUUCAACAUGUAUACUUAAACUAAGGAAAGAAUGUACAAAGUAUUUUUUUGUGGUGGCCAUGUGAGUCCUGUAUUUUGUAUUUUCAGAAUAAACGAAAAACAAUAUUUCUUUAACUAUAAAGUAACUCUAUUCCCAAGAGUAAACAAGUCUAGAAAACGUUCUACUAAAUUUAGUUCUGGUAUCUUCACUAAAGAAUUGAAUGCUUCGUUUUGUAAUUUAAUUGGGGUGUAAAAGUGUUGACCGAAACACAUUUUGUAUGAAGCGCGGAAGCGCUUUCCGCGCUUCAUUCUAGAAAUGUGCGUACGAUCAACACUUUUACAACCCUAUAAAAUUACUAAGAGAAGCAUUCAAUUCUCAUAAUUACAUUUUUAUGCUAGGGUCAUGAAAAAUCGAUUUCUAUCAUUUAUUUCUUUAAUUAACAUGUACACUUUAUUGUGAUGACACGUGUCAUCAUGAAUGUUACACUUCAUUUGGAUAUGAAGGUUAAUUUUAGUAUGACGCGCAAGCGUUGUUAUCCAAUCAAAAUAACGGAUUCUUCUGAAACAUACAUGUAAUGUAAUUAUUAAAAUAAAAAAAGAGACAUAAGCCGUUUCAAUAGAUAUAACUAAAUACAACCGCUGACGAGGUUCCUCACUAGGAACAACCACUUGCACAUUCGGCGGGAUUAACAUGUUUUUCUCUCUCAAUUCUCCAUCUUGUAACAUUAGAUAAAGGUACAAUAAAAAACGUACAAUAAAAAAAUCAGUUCAGAAAUAGCACUCUACUCUAUUUCUGGUAUCAAAGAUACCAAAACACAGGUGAUAUCAAAGCCAAAUUAAAUCACACUAUACCACAUAAUGGUCGCUGUAACUGUGAGAUUUUUUAUACCAUAUAGCAAAAUUAUUAGAAAGGAUGUUGAUUUUAUUAGGACGACGGUUGUGAUCAAACCCGAUAAUUUCUUGUGCUCAAUUGUAAACCACCACAGCGGACGAAUAUAGUGAAGAAUGAGGUUAAAUUUCACAACACUUUAAAGUAGUUCAAGCAGAAUUCGAAUAAUGCUCUUUUUUCAAAUGCCAAGUUGAAAACGGAUCGACCACGGACCUGUCACAUUCAAUAUAUAUAUAUGUUGUAUAUACAAAACAAAAUAACUGGGGAUGAAUAAUGAGACAGCAAGCAUAAAUCAAAUUUGAUACUCGAAGACGAAAUGAUGCGUCGGCAUUAAGUUGGAAAACUACACUUAGACUUAGAAUUUCCUUUAAGGGAGAAAUUGAAUCCAGAAGUGAUUCAGUAGUAAAAUAGUCUCUGCAUGUAUUCAAGUUACUAAUUGCUUUACUUGUGUAGGGUGUAUAUAUAUGGAACCAAAUUCCGAAUAAAUGAAUAAAAAUCGAUUAUAGAUUUGACAAUGAAAUCGCACAACGGGUGCUACACAUGUAGCACGAGAUGCUUACUUGUUGACAAAAAAUGUGUUACUCCGUUUGAAGUUCUCGUGAAUUUGGCCGUUUUGCUCUCUUGGUUGUCUGUUGGUACUUGGACAUAUACUGUUUCAGAAUAUUAGGUAUGUGGGUACUUUAACUGUCCGUACACCCGGCAAAAUAAAAAAAAACAACAUAAUAAAUCGUACAGUCGUUGUCCAUUAUUAGCCAGUCAUACCGAUUUUAAUCCCCCCUAUAAUGCAUUAGAAUCGGAAACGGCGAAUUGAUAUUUGUAUUUUAUCUUCAUGUUAAACUUUCUAAACAAGUUCAUCAAUGCCAUGCUAAGACAGUACCUCAUGCACCCGAUCAAUCAUCACUUCAUAAUGUGUAUAAAAUUUUAUUUUAUUAUUUUCCAUUGAUAUAUUGUAAAUUAAUAUUUAUUUAUAGCAAUAAAUGUCAAAUGGAUGCAUAUACUUUUUAAAAUAUUAGUUAAAAAAGUGUGCGGCAUUUAUUUUUACAAGACUUU